AUGGGCCCUCUCCUGUUCCACGGUGGAUUCACGUCCCUAGUACUUGCUCUCAACUUGCACCUCUCACAAGCCUUCUUUCCUUAUCAUGGUUCUGGCUGCUUUCUGGCUCCAUCUCGGAUACGCUUACGACUUGCAUAUCGUAUUCUCAUGCCAUGCGGCCCCGCAUGUGUAGUAUCACAUGAAGCUCUGGUAGCUCACCUCAUUCCACCUCGUCACCAAACAAUGGAACGACCAUCUCGAUGCUCGAGCGAAGGAGAAUGGCAAAGCGAAAAAGACAACCUCCUUCCUGAGUCCGAAUACAUCCCACCCUCAUCCCAUCGUCGCUCAACCCGAUCAAUAGCACUCAUCAUACUCUCCAUCAUCACCACAAACCUCCUCUCAACCCUCCUGACCUACACCCUAACCAAAUCCUCCACAAUCUCCUCCUACUCUCAAGACCUACCCAGCAGCAAGUCUAUCCUCCCCCUCUUCUCCUUCAAUCCUCACCUAACUGACCUCCCAUAUAGCCCCAAACUUCUACCCAAACCUGGACCGCACCCUCCACAAAACCCUCUUCAGCAACCACAUCCUCAACCGCACAUCCAUCUAUUCCGCCCCACCUUCAAUCCAAGUCGACAGAGCCUGGAACGACCUCGGAAUCCUCGACGCCAUGUCUUAGCGCCUGAGAAUGCGCUGGGAGAGGGAAUUGGUGCGAGUUAUGGGGUUUUUGUGCAGGGGUUACAUGAUAUGCAUUGUUUGGUAGGUCAAGUGAAACGCAAGGUUAGUUUGUUGUUGGGAGUGGAUGCUGACGGUGCUAUGCACUGUGCGCAGAAUGAAAUCCGAAGAGCGUUAUAUUUCAAUAAAGAUUACUACCGACAAUUCGAAGAUGAUUCGUUGACGCCCGAGUGGAUCGUCGUAUCACCCGCUGGCGCUUCUUUCAUGGCAAAGACUGACGUUUUUUUUUUCUUUUUUUCCUUCCCAGGACAUUGUCUCGAUAACAUGCGAGAGCGAAUCAUGUGUUCAGCAGACACGGGCGUGAUUCCGACCGUUUGGGUGAGUGAAGAAGAAAAUUAUCCGCUUUUUGGAUGGCAGGAACAUAAGUGCCACGAUUACAAGGCUUUGAUGGACUGGUUUCGGAAUUGGCACGCGAGUGAUUUGGCGAAGAAGGUUGAUUGGACUGGGAAGUUGAAGGCGCCUGAUGAAACUGGAGAUGUGAUUGCGCGACUGACAUGA